AUGAGUCUCUAUUCAGAAGAAAUUAACGAGAUCGAGAAUUGCUUGAAUUCAGGUUAUUAUGAUAAAGUAUUAAUGCUAAUCAAAGAAGCUGAGUAUAUCAGAAAUAAAGACUUUGAUGUAGAUACACUUUUGGAACUUACUCAAUUUAGAUGUAAAAUACAUUUGAACCAAAUAGAAAAAGAUUCAAUAGGAUCAUAUUAUUCAGAAUCAAUUUCAAAUCAAAAGUUUGGUAUUGCAGCAGUUUGUUUGUUUACUAUUUUUAAUCUACCCGAAACUACUGAUGAAAGAAAAUAUGAACUAAUAAAUGAAAUGAGACAAUUAUAUGUACAUAAUAAUAAUAAAAUUGCAAUUAUUGAUGUUAUUUUAUUAUUAAUGAAUUUAUAUAUGAAUGACUUUAAAUCAGCAUUAUCAAUCACAGAGUCUGCUCCACCCAGUUUGAAAAUUAUCCAAGUUUUUGUUUUUUGCAUUAUGAACAAAUAUGAUUUGGCACAACUUUUAUUUGAUGAUUUGAUUGAAAAUUAUGAUACAUAUACAUGUGAAAUGGAGAAUUAUUACUCCAUUUCUAAUUUUAAAGAAUCUUCUUUAGUUAGAAUUGCACUAGCUUGGUUGCAAUGUCUUAAAGGUGAAUAUAAUUCAUCUUUUAUAACUUAUGCAAAUAUGCAGACUGACUUUGGUGAGAAUUCUUCUUUUAGACUUCCCUCAAAAGCAAGAGAAUCCCAAUCAAUAAUUAUUUUAAAUGGGAUAUCUGUGAUGCAUAUGCAAAGACAACACUGGAACGAUGCUUAUGAAGUUUUAUUAAAUGCUUAUAAAAUUGAUCCAAAAUGUCAAGUUACACUUUCAAACUUAAUUACAUGCAGCUAUUUUUUAAAUUUAAAAGAAGAACCUGAAAAAUACUUAAAUGAGCUUAAUUCGAUAAACUGUAAUCAUCAUAAAAUUGCUUCUCUUGAAGCUAUUGAGAAAAGCUUUAAAUCGUUUAAUUAA